AUGCCAGUGAAGCCUGCCCCCACGAGAACAGGCCGUUUCUCCACGUCCUCGACGUCGGCGGCCGAGGCACCUGACGGUAGCAGCGCGGGGGCUCCGCAGGGUGGUGUUGGAGAGGACGGGGGGCAGGCUGCGGGCACCGGGGACGGGGCACAGGAGGAGGAACACGACGACGUGUUCGAAGACCCGAGGACCGCGAUUUUGGACGCUUCGCUGGACCACGUGGAAGAGCACGGGUUUCACUCGGUUGCCGCAGGCAUGUUUCCAAAGGGGGAGGCUGAUCUGGUGCACCACCUCAUGGCCAAAGCUCUACACGAGGUGAAGCGCUUGAGCGAGAAGUCGAAGGAGGAGGAAGGCGGGGACGGCGGUGCUGGUUCCGAGGAUGGAGACGAGUCGUCCCCGGGGUCGGAGUCUGCGUGGCCACCUUCCGAGGCGGAGAGGUUGAGAGACGGCAUCAAGGCCAUGUCGAUCGGCCUUCUGCCCCAAAACGCGGGGGCGACGGCGACUGCGGUGGCGGUGUUGGCGGACGAGUUGGCGUUUCUCGGCGGGGACCGUUCCACGGACCUUUCCUGGUACGGGAAGCGAGGGGUCAUCGCUGGAAUGUACGCCUCAACAGAGCUCUACAUGCUGACGGACAAGUCUGAGGACCUGAAGGACACGUGGGAUUUAUUGGACCGCCUCCUGUUGGACUACGAGAUUCUCGCGUCUUCUCCGGAGAAUGCAGCUGACGUUGCAACUGGGCUGAGCACCGUGGCUACAUCCCUGAGUUCAGCGGCUGUGUCGCUGGCCGGACCUUUCUUCAAACAAGCUUCCAAGCAGGUCCCGGGUGCGGAAACCCUGGCGCAGACGGCGCCCAACGUGGCCGCGCUGGCUUCACAAGCGUUGUCCUUCGUCGCAUCACAAGUUCCGCGCGCUGGGCAAGGGCCGCCGUUCAGCGGCGGCGCCAGCGGCCCUCCGCAGUCCGCCUCGGCUUCUUCCGCGGCGACGCAGACUAAGACCGGCCACGACACCCCCCCUCCCCUGCCGCCCACGUUCCCCGGGGCCCCCGAGCAAGACCCCUGGAGCAGCACACAUGCGUCUGCCGCUGCGGCCGCGAGCGGAAAGCCCGGCAAGUUCGAGGAGGAGUUGGCGCGGGAGGAGCGAGAGCUCUUCGGCGACGACGAAAAGAAGCAAAGUUGAAUACAAGGCGCGCCUCCGAAUGGGAUGGUAGUAGUGCCAUCAACGUGUGAUGCAAGAUGAACGUGCAGCACGUGUUGGUGUGAAUCAGCUGCCAGGUGCCGUUAGUGAAGUUUCCGAAGCUCACCCAAGCUGACGUGUUGUUGA